AUGGCCUCAACAAACGACACGCAUACCUCAGCCGCGUGUUGCGACGCUCCAAUCUCACGGUCAGCCUCCAAAUACUCCGCCAGAGGCACAUUACACAGUAUUGCAGAUACAUCAUGCUACAUCAGCGGAUCUUCCGACGCCAGCAAAGCAAUUUUCUUCAUUUACGAUGUUUUCGGAUUUCAAGACCCCACCUGGCAAGGCGCAGACAUCCUCGCAGCUGCAGGAUACCUCGUCAUCAUGCCUGACUUCUUUGACGGCGAGGCCGCCAAGGUCGAGUGGAUGGACCUGCCAGAUGAGGAGAAGAAAGCCAAGCUGGGAUCCUGGAUGGGUAAGAUUGCAGAUGCGAAACCGCACAUCGCUCGCAUCCAUCGAAUUCUCGAUGCGGCGAAGGCCAGGUAUCCAUCUGUGCAGGGCUGGGGCGCCAUCGGAUUCUGCUGGGGCGGUAAGAUGGUCUCGCUCACUUCGGGCUCGGACACACCAUGGAAAGCCGGUGUCCAAUCUAGCCCGGCCCGCGUCGAUGCAGGUGAUGCAGCCAAGACAACCAUCCCCAUGAUGAUGCUCGCCAGCAAGGAUGAGCCAGCUGGGGAUAUCGAGGCGUUUCGGGACGCGUUGACGGUCUCGAAGCAUGUUGAGACAUUCGAUUCUCAAAUCCACGGUUGGAUGAGUGCACGCGCUGAUUUGGAGGAUGCUGUGGUGCGCAAGGAGUACCAGCGUGGCUAUGAUCUGGCGUUGGAGUGGUUUGCGGAACACAUACGAUAGAGUGGUGCAACAUCAUAAACAAAUGCUUAGUGUCAAAAUUAGCUAAGUAAUUCAUCAUGUCCUUUCGCGUCGGUGUCACAAAACUCUUGCGACGCCUCUCCUCCAAUCUAGAUUCAGCUACACUCAUGAUACACUCAUCCAAAUAACCCGAAAUAACUCCUUUCGGUGCGUCUUCUUGUUAGGGUAAAGAUCUAUGGUAUCGGGAUCGAUGUAUGGAAAGACGUCAAUAUCGCAUUGCAGAUCGAUUCUCGCACGGAAGACUGCUUCGACCUUCCU